AUGUCAAGAAUAUCUGAAAAUUUGGCCCAGAAACUUAUAAAGGAAUUUCUUUAUCAUUUUGAUAUUUUUGCCCAAUAACCCAAUUUUACAAUCCUCAAUCGCAACAAAUUUCCCUCAAUACUUGGCUUUUUAAUUUCAAUAAUGAUUGCUUUGUUUGGACUCUAUUUUUUUCUUACAGAAAUAGUUUCUAUGGUCUCUAAAUCAAAACCUGCUAUUUAUCAAACCGAAUUAUCUAUAACUGAAACAGAAGUAUAAAAAUUAACAAUAUUUAGCCAUUUAUCCUUGAAAAUGAUAACUUUACUUUAGCAGUAUCUAUUGUAAAUCGUUACUCAGAGCCAUUGAUAGGAAUUAAUCGAUAUUUUUAAUUAAAUAUAAGUUAAUGCGAGAGAUUAAGGAUAAAGGAUUAAUCAUCAGGAAAUAUUUCUGUGAAUUUGAAGUAAAUAUUACUGGAAUAAUAAGUUGUACAUAAAUGCCAAUCGAGCCAUGUAAUAUGUCACAUUUCACAACUGAUUUACAGAAAGACUAUUUUUCAAUCAUUAGAAUGGGAGGUAUCUAAUGUAUUAAUAGGAAAUAUUUGAAAGAGAAUCCAUUAGUAUAUAAAUUUUUAAUGUAUUAGGUUCUUUAGGGGUAGAUUUCAUCUCAAGCAUUUAGAUACAUAUUUAUCUAAUUUACUACCUGUUAAAAUACAAGUUUAUUUCAUGAUUGUGCACCUUAAGGGGAAAUAGAAAGUAUAUUAUAAUCAGGACAUUACAAUAUUUAUAAAAGUGAUUACCUUACAAAACUUGACAAACCAGGAUAACCUUAUUAAGAAAUAAUCACUAAUGAAUUUACAAGUUUUUCUUUAAGUACUUCUAAGACUAUUUCAUAAAAAUAUAAAAUCUAAUAAACAUCUACAGAUGAAGGAUUAAUAUGGGAAUAAAUUUAGGAUUAAUCGAAUAUUUAAUAAAGUGAAUGGAGAGAAAUAUCUGAAUUUUACAAUAAUCAAUAUAUUGUUGUUCACUAUAUACGAUUAGAUUACAAAUAAACAAAUAACAUUAGAACAUAUGUUAAGUUAUAAACUAUUCUAGGAAAAUUAGGUGGAAUAUUCUAAAUAUUUAUUAUGAUAGUGGCUAUUGUAUUAAAACCUAUUAUUGAAAACUUUAUGAAAUUAGAAAUUGUGAAUUCUAUUUUCAAUUUUUCUGAUUAAAUUGAAAUUCAAAAUCAAUAAUCUUCUCAUGUCAUGAUGAUUUAAACUGAUAGGGAUAGAAAAGAUUGUAUAAAUAAAUCUAUUAAUCAGCAAAAAUAACAUUAACCUAUCUAAAAUAAUCAACAAAAUAAAUUUAGUUAAUCUAAACUUGAUCCUUGGUUAAUAAUAUUUGGAUGUAAUUAAUAAAAAAAAAAAUAAUUUAUAAUCGCAAAAAACAAAAUUAAUAAAUAUCUAGAAAUCGUCAACAUUUUAAGAAAAUUGUAAGAGAUUGAAAUUCUUAAAAAGAUUUUGCUUACAGAAGAGCAAUAGAUAAUAUUGAAAAAAUAUAGAAGAUAAAUAAAUUAAAAUAGUUUUUCUAAUAAUGAAGAGAAUUAGAAAUAAAUUGAAAAUACUAAUCAAAAACUGGAAUUAGACAAAUGUAUGAUUUAAUAGAAAAGCAAAACAGUUUUAGAUUAACUUGGUAUCAAAUUACCAGAGUAAAUAGUAUACAAAGAUACUUUUAACUCAUGUUAUAAAUUGAAAGAAAUUUAAUCAGUAGGUGAUUUUGAAAUCUAAGAGCCUAUAGCUUAAACACCAAAAACAUGA